UGCAGUUAGGUAUCAACGCUGUGCAAAGCAGUUAUUUGAUUGUUUUCUUUGCCAGACAUGGUCUAGGUAACGGAUACAGGAACGCUUAAAUGGGACGUGUCCUUUUAAGACUCUAAAUCAACGAAUCAAACUAGUCCACUGACAUCAUACAUAAGGUGGUGCAUACAGAGCCUUCAAUUUUGUAUAGCUGUUAAUGCUGAAGGAAAGUUAUCCUCUAAACGAAAUUUGGAAGUAUUGAUAGGAUGGAGGACAAUAAAACAAAUGGAAAUACAAUGACAUCAAAGGAGGAUAUAAUGCUGAUGGAAAACGAAGACACCACCUGUAAAGCUGAAGUCGAGUCUGACUCCAAAACACCCGAACAACUGCUCUAUAAAAUCACUGAUAACCCGCCAAUAUACAUGUCUAUCUUCUUCGCUUUACAGCAAGUACUACUAUCCUUGUCAGGAUCACUGGCGAUCUCGACAUUCGUUGCAGAUGUCGCCUGUGCAUCCGAUUUCCCAGACAUCAAGACUGACCUCCUCAGUUCCACUAUGUUUAUGAAUGGCGUAACGACUCUCCUGCAAGUCACACUUGGUAUCAGAUUACCUCUUUUCCAAGGAGCCACCUCUGUGUAUGUUAUACCCCUACUGGCCUUGCAGCGUCUCGAUACAAAUUUCUGCAGUGUCCAAGGGUUUAGUCCGAGUGCUACAAAUGAAAGUGCAACUUCAAAUAUGACAUCUACCUAUGAAAUGGAAAGUAAACGAAGACUCGCUUUCUUCAGAUUGCAAGAGUUUCAGGGGUCCCUAAUCCUUGUCGGUAUCAUCCACUGUCUUGUUGGACUCACGGGCACUGUAGGAUUCCUAAUGAAGUUCAUUGGACCUGUGACCAUUGUCCCUACCAUCCUAGUAGGCGGGAUUUUCAUAUCCAGGUCUUCGAGUAAAUUUGCUAAAGCACACUGGGGAAUAUCCGCUGUGACAGCAUGCACAUCAAUACUUCUGUCACUGUAUUUAAGUAAGGUGAAUAUGCCAUGUCCAGCUUGGUCAAGGAAGAAGGGUUUCCACGUGUAUUGGUACCCAUUACACAGAGUGUUCGCGAUCCUCAUUGGAAUGCUUGUGGGCUGGGCAAUGGCGGCCGUGAUGACAUACGCCGGGGCACUAACUGAUAACCCUAAUGAGGCUGAGUUUCUGGCCAGGACGGACGCUAGGGCCGGCAUCAUCACUGAUGCCACUUGGUUUCGCGUGCCUUAUCCAAAUCAAUUUGGCGCCCCCAUGGUCAAUGUUGGAUUCUUCGUUGCCUUUUUGAUCGGCACAAUAGUGUCAAUCCUAGAUUCUAUUGGCGACUACAAUGCGUGCGCACGGAUUUGCAAUGUACCCCCACCCGUAGCGCAUGGGAUAAACCGUGGGAUCGCGGUGGAGGGGAUCUGCAGUGCAUUAUCGGGGGCAAUUGGAUGUGGACACGCAACAAGUACUAUUGGUGCUAACAUUGGUGCUAUUGGCGUUACCAGAGUAGCCAGUCGAAACGUGUUCCUUUGGGUCGGUCUGAUCUACAUGCUAUUUGGUAUGGUGGGAAAAGUGUCAGCCGUAUUCAUCACAAUGCCCUAUCCGGUCCUAGGAGGCGCCAUGAUUAUCAUGUACGGCAUGUUUAACGGAAUAGUUCUAUCAAACCUCCAUUCUGUCUCGCUUUCGUCCACCCGUAAUCUAGCGAUCAUCGGGAUCGCCAUCUUGGUUGGUCUAAUGGUACCCUAUUGGCUGGAGAAAAAUCCACAUGACAUCAACACAGGUAAUGCUUACUACGACAGUAUAAUUAAGAACCUGCUCGCCAAUCCUAACCUGUGCUGUGGAAUCCUAGCAUGCUUUCUCGAUAACACUGUUCCAGGAACUAUAGACGAAAGAGGGAUUGGCGGUUGGCUGAAGCCUUACGAAGUUCAGCGUAGCCAGUACAGUGAGGGACAGGAGGUAUACAUGCCUCUCAUUCCCAAAAAGUGGCUGUCCAAUAAAAUCAUGCGCUACAUACCGUUCUGUCCAUUUCAAUCUCGCAAACUGGAAAAUGGUAAUACUAAUGGUGAUACACCAUCCUUAAUUUAGUAUGAGUAAUCCAAUCAGUUAAAC